AUGACCACAGCCACCCAAACGAUCCUAUCCAAGAUUCCACCCAACGACUCCAAGCUCACCUAUGCCGGUUAGUCAUCCUCUUGACUGCGGAUCGGCCAGGCCCUUCGUUCGAGUUCGAACUGACGAUCCACUCCACCGUCCCCCACAGCCGAAAACCUUCUGAUCCACUACCACAAAGCCAACGGCAUCGUCGCCAUGGUCGUAGCUCAGGAUUCGGCAGGGAGGAGGAUGCCUUUUGCUUUCCUCGCCGACCUCUUCAAACAUGUGCGUUCGUCGGGGCAUGACUCGAACGUUGGCAACUCGGCGCUGAUUCGGCGUGUGAUCGGUGCAGUUCCACCAAAAGUUCACCUACGAGCAGAUCGGGGAUGCUCCCGCUUUUGGUUGUAAUUCGUUCGAAAACGACAUGUCCAAAUUGAUGGUCAGUACCGCCUCCAGAGACGGGUGGGGCAUCGUCGACGCACUCCGUGCCCCCCCACAUCGGUGCUGAGGAUCGUUCCUGUCGCUGCAGACAUUCUACGAGGAGACACCACCGAAUGAUCCUAUCAAGGUGAGCCUAAUUCUUCGAUGAGCCUCACCGUGAUCCCACUAAUCUCUACUUGCUCACUCUCUCCGUAGGCGGCUCAAGCCGAGCUCGCAGGCGUAAAGGUGAGCGUGGGCGCUUGACGAUCGUAUUCGACGCUAUCUGAUCGAGGAGUGCCGAAAACUCCCCAGGACAUCAUGGUUCGAAACAUCGACGCUGUACUAUCAAGAGGCGAGAGGUUAGUCAUCCGAUUUGCAACUAGUCUAGCCCUCUUUCCUCGGUAGCUGACACGAAGCGAUCCGCUCCACGAACAGGAUCGAGUUGUUGGUCGACAAGACGGACCAAAUGUCGAACCAAGCUCGAGCGUUCCGCAAGCGAGCCACGGUGCUCAGAAGGAAGAUGUGGUGGAAGAACAUCAAGGUCUUGAUCGCGAUUGGCUUGUCCGCUACAGUCAGUCUGAGCGGAGUUUUCCGCGCUUUCUUUCCUCUCGAUGCUGAUUUCGGCUGCUACCAUCGUUGCAGCUUCUCCUGUAUCUCAUCGCCGCGAGCUUCUGUGGGGCCAAGCUCAAGUGCACGGCCACAUGA